AUGUCUUCAAUACUGGAAAAGUUUGAAAUAUGCGACAAAAUACCCAAAAUUCAGAGACAAGAAAUCAAAUUAUUUCACGUUUUCGACGACACCCAGGGAUAUAACAUCCUAUUCGUGACAAACGACAACCUCGUGUAUGGGUUAGGCGCCAAUACCUACGGAUCCCUGGGUUUGGGUCACAACCGGGAGGUCGAGGAGCCGGAGAUCAUCGAUAUAUUAAGCUAUCGAAACAUUAGGCAAUUUAUUAAUGGCUUCGCGUUUGUGUUGGCCCUCACCGGGGAUCACAUGGUGUACGGCUGGGGUCACAAUGAUUGGGGUCAGUUGGGCCGGGAGCCCACCAACGACUACUACACCCCGCAUAGGAUCACCAUUAAGAGCAAACAGAUCGUGCAAUUAAGUUGCGGUACUUCCCACUCACUGGCGCUUACGGUGGACGGGGAGGUGUACGGGUGGGGUCGCAACACGUGGGGCGAGAUCGGGGUGGACGACAAUAUAUGCGAGGGUAUAUUCGGGUCGGUGAGGGUGGAGAUCCCCCAUUAUCACAAAAUAAUGUCCGUUUAUAGCAAUAACAACACGUCGUUUGCCAUCACAUGCGAGGGCUUUGUGUACAGUUGGGGCCGCAAUGAUAGCCACCAAUUGGGACAUAAUAUACCCGAUAAUUACUUUAAGCCCCAUAUCAUUGAGAAUUUAUAUAAUGUGCAGACUAUGUGCACGUCUACUGUGAACACGUUUUUCCUGACAAACAACGGUUUACUGUAUUUUUGUGGCAAAUAUACGAAUGAAGAUAACGUGGGCUUUGCAUUCAGCCCGUCAAACAUCAGGUUUUAUAAGGAAACCUUUGAGGAGUUGGGUACUAUUGGCAGCUCAAGUGGUUUUGGGACAGUAGUCAAAGUUAAGCGUAGAUACGCUGAUGAUAUAUUUGUGGUCAAAAUUAUUGAAUUUAAAGAAUCCAAUUAUGAAUACAUGUAUAAAAUAUUCCGUGAGUUGCGGUGUUUAGUGAAGAUUCCCUCUGAAUAUGUGGUUCAGUACUACAACUCGUGGUUUGAGCACAAGUUUCUAUACAUACAGUUGGAGUACUGUUCCCAUACACUCAAGAAUAUCAUUGCCCUGAAGGGACCGGAGUUUGCGAGACAACAGCCGGGUGAACCCAUGAAAGCCAUCGAGUACUUCAUAUCGUGCGAGAUAUUCAAAGAGCUGUUAGAGUGCGUGCAAUACCUGCACGACUUGAAUGAGGGGGUGGUGCUCCGGGACCUCCGGUCCGACAAUAUACUGAUCGCCGAGAAUGGCAGGAAUGGUAGGUAUAUUAAGCUGAGUAACUUUGGCUGCGCUAUCGAUGAUGACGACUACGAUAGCGAACGCAUAUAUGGGUCCCAAGAUUUCGGUAGUUUGGCUGAUAGUGGACAGGGAGGUGGGGGCAGUCACUCAGUACAUACAAAUAAGGCGGAUAUUUAUAGUGUGGGUGUUAUCGCUCAGGAGUUGUUUGAUAUGGAUAUUCAUGAUCCAAAUCCAUUGCAAAAGUAUUUGUCGCACGAAUUGAUUGAUAAUUUUGCGAAACUGUUCAAGGUGUUUGUGUCGAUGAUGGUGGACGUGAGCGGCCAGACAUCAACCUGCGCUCAGGUGAUCGGCCAGUACUACGACUGGUCCAUAGAUAAGGAUUUGCCUCAGAGUUGUGUCGGAAGGGAAUCCUAUGACUUGAUAGCCAUAGAUAUGGACAACACUUUAGUGAAGUAUAACCUGAAGAGUACAUUACCACUCAUUCACUCAUUGAUUCAGAAGUCUUUGGUCCACAACUAUGGCUACAGUCACGAGAUAAUUGAAGAUUUUUGUCCGAAAUAUUGUCAAAAAGGUUUAGUUAUCGACAAACGGCGCGGAAAUGUCCUGAAACUGAACUCAGAGUUCGGGAUAAUGUCUGUCAGACAUGGCUUCCAAGAGCUGUCCAGUAGGUCCACUCGCGAGGUCUAUGGCGGUGAUGAUGUGGUUAGAGAUCUGCGAACAAUACCCGAUGUCUUGUGUUUGGGAACUAUUAAUACCACUGAAUCUGAAGGCUUUGAUUACGCGGUACUCAAGAGUUACUUCACGAGCCCUGCGGCACAGGUAUUCUCCAAAUGUGUGGAAGUGUUGGACAUCACCGAUGAUAAUAACGUUUCCGAUGACAACAACCUCCGGAACCGUUACGCAAAGAUAUGGCGCGACAUACACUCCUCGACGUGUCUGAUGUACGGAAGCGGUCUUAAGCACCGAUCCGGGGGUUGGAAUCCCGAGCUGAUGGACACACCGGACAGGUAUCUCCGGAAGACAUCGGAUCGAGUCAUACAACUGCUGAAGAUGUGGAGGCAAUCGGGAAAACACGUGAUUUUGAUCACCAGCUCUGAUGCCGACCACACGAAGCUUUUGAUGAACUAUGCGUUUGGCGGUUAUCACCAGUGGAUCAGAUGCUUUGAUUAUGUGCUGACAUUCGCCCGAAAGCCUACAUUCUUCACAAGUGACCGGCCAUUCCUGGCCAUUGAUUCCGGUGGUAAUACUACCGGUGAGGUAGCCGUCAAUGACCUGAAAUGCGGACAAAUCUAUUCUGAGGGCAAUUGGCGGGCGUUGAAGGCAUUGGUGGCUAAGAAGUGCUCGAAAGCUGAUCCCAUGUGUCUGUAUAUCGGCGACAGUUUCACCGACGACUGCAUUGUCCCCAAUAAGUACGUCGACUGUCAUACCAUUGGUGUCGUCGAAGAACUCGAUGAAGAUAUUCGUCAGGAAUUGGAUCCAAACUAUUGGCAGUCCUUUUUGAAAGACAGUGACAAUAAUACCACUCUUUGGUAUCAUUUACUCAAAAGGCACACAAAACUGUUGGUUCCGGACAUGGAUUCGUUGGCUAACUAUUGCCAACCAUAA